AUGGCAGCCGUGGCCACGGCGGUGACGCAACAGGGCGGCGGGAGGGUGAGCGUGACGGGGGAGCGAGCUAUGGGAUGCGAUGGGGGAGGCCGCCACCACAGGCUGCGCUCUGCCACACCGGAGUACGACUUGGAAGGUUUCGAGUUCUUCGCAAUCAUACUUGAGAAUUCCUCCAGGAGGCAGAGGUUGCCUAACACUUUUAUGAAGAUGUUGGACGGCCAUCGGCCAAAGAAUGUGAAGCUGCGACAGGCCAGUAGCGGGCUUCGCAGGCUGUGGGACGUGGAGAUGGUGUACAGGUACGACCACAUGUACCUGUGUCGUGGCUGGGAGCAGUUCGUCCGUGCCUACGACCUGCGGCACGGGUACUUCCUUGUCCUCAGGUACGACGGCAAUGCCAUGCUCACUGUGAAGGUGUUCAACAUGACUAUGUGUCGCAUGCGCUACCAGGACGACGACGAUGCCAGCAAUGGGAGCAGCAACUGUGACUCUAGCUAUAGCAAAAGCAGCAGUGACUCUGGCUACAACAAAAGCAGCAACGAGGAUGAGGAGGAACAGAGUGGGGAAGAAAAGGAGCAGAGCAGGGAUGAGGAGGUGUAG